AUGGCUGACAUGCUGGGACCUCGAUCACAUGCAAUCGACAUUGUCGCCCGUGGUGGUGGUGGCCUUCAUCCACCUCCCGAGGUGCUCAGGAGCUGGCCACGUCCUAAUCACACGGAUCCAGAAGAGCGAGGAUGGGAGGCACCGAUUGCGUUGGCGAUAGUGCUGGGAAUCACAAUCACCGUUUAUGCGGCGAGAAUGUGGGCAAGAGUGAGGGUAUCGAAAAGUGCGGGCCUAGACGGCCUAUCCAUGCUUCCGCUCAUCGGCCUCACGAUAUCAGCCAUUCUGGGUGUCCGCCAAUACGGGUUCCAAUGGCAUGCUUGGGACCAGACGGCGAGGACCAGGGUCACAUCGCGAGAGGUUACGCUAGCGAUUGAACUGACUUAUUUGGCAUCAACGACCUUGGUCAAGGUCUCCAUUCUCUGCUUCUAUCGACGCAUCACUGGAUCCCUGACCAACACCUUUGUCUACACCACAUGGGGCUCCAUCGUCUUCUGCAGUGUAUACGGCAUCCUCUUCUCACUCCUCAUCGUCUUCACCUGCACGCCGGUCGUUGGCUUCUUCCACAUCUACGACCCUAUAUGGCGAGCUAGAAACACGGUGGACUGCCACAACGAAGGGGCCAUCAUCGUCGCCUGUGCGGCCAUUAGUACGGUGCAGGACCUCGUCAUCUGCAUGCUACCCAUCUUCCUCAUCUGGAACCUCAAAAUCACCAAGCGCCAACGAUUGGCGCUGUGCGGCAUCUUCGGCAUAGGCGUGGUGACCUCCAUCUGCGGCAUCAUGAGAACCUACUACGCCACAUAUGUGUACUAUUACACGUACGACAUCACCUGGUCGGCCUACUACGGCUGGAUCUGGACGGUGCUCGAAGCCCAACUGGGCGUCAUUGCCGCCUCAGCCCCAGCCCUCAAAGUUUUCUUCCAAGCGUACUUUAGAAUGCCGUCGUCGCGCUCUGGCUACGCGGCCACGACCGGAAGCCGGCAAACAGCAGCCCACGACCUGCCCUCGUCCCGGUCUCGCAGCUACCCGCGCUCGCACAUGCUCGCGUCACAGCAUUCGACGACGCGGUCCAAGAUUGAGGCAGGGGGCGCGUAUGAUACAGAGGUGCCGCUGAGUGGGAUCAAAGUGAGCCAGGGACUACAUGUGCAGGUGGAGGAGCGCGAUGAUGCGAGUCGGAUUAGCUAUGCGAGUACGAGGGGAUUGACGGGCAGGGGGGAUGAGGAGCGGGGUUGGAGUGGGGGUGGGGGUGGACAGGGAAAUGGGGGUGGACAGGGAAAUGGGGGUGGACAGGGAAAUGGAGGUGGACAGGGAAGUGGAGGAUGGAGAGAAGGAUGUAGGACAAUGUGUGCGGCGUUGAGGUCGAGCAGUACAAAGUCUGGUCGGCACCGGAACCGGAGUUGGAGUCGGAGUAGGAGUAGGAGCCAGAAUCAGAGUCAGAGUCAGGGUCAGGGUCAGGGUCAGAGUCCGAGCCAGAGUCCGAGCCAGAGCCGGAAUACGAGUCGAGAUACGAGCCGGAGUCGUCGUACAAGUAGUCGGGAUAGUAGCAAGGAGAGAGAGGUCGGGCAGAUUCAGAUUCAUUCACAGGCUCCUUGUCGGAUCCGGCGGUAG